AUGAACACCAAGUACCAGCCAGGCGGCGCACAUGGUUACCCCUCGCCGUACACCAGGACGACCCUCAUCAAGCGGCCCCGUGAAGCCUGCGUCAACUGCCGGGCUCUCAAAACGCGAUGCCUGCCGUGUCCUGAUAAACCGCUGACCUCGAAAGAUCCGUGUGCGCGAUGUACAAAGUACAACCUGGAUUGUGACUAUGUCCGAAGACCGCGCGGAAAACCAAAGGACGAACAAGAUACGCCAGAACACGGUGGAAAGUCGGAAAGCCGGGCUUCAUUCUCGCAUUCGCAUUCCCAAGGCUCGCCCAGCAGAGACCGUGCACAGUACCAGACUGGGCCUACAUCCACAGUACCCAUGGGUGUGCCCGACGACAGACGACACGAGCAUAUGGCGUAUCAAUCGAAUGAGGCGUUGCCGCCCGCGGGCAUGAUGUCUUCGGAACGCGCAAGCUAUGAGCGAUCCGCAUGGGGAGUCGGGAAUCAAAGUCAGCCAUCCGGCUAUUCAGACAGCUUCUCCCGUAAUAUACAGCAGCCAACAUCCCAUUCCUAUCCACAACCCGAACCGUCGUUCCCAUCAUACCAACCUCCCCCAUAUCCCCCAGAGUCUUCUAUCCAAUCCCAGCACUCUUAUCCCCAACAUGAAGAGCUGCCUACACAGCUACCACCUAUGCUGCCGCCUGCUUCCACCAGUGAGAGACGGUCUAUGGUGACGAUGGAUCUGCCGGAUAUGAUGAGCAACACGCACUAUCGCUCCGGCGCAUACCCCCCUCCCCCUCCCCCACCUGUCCAUCUACCCCCCAUCAACUCCAAUAUCUCUCAAAGACCACCCGCGACAGCUACUGACGUUACCCGCAAAAGCCAAUCCUCCACGUCUUCGUGGUCGUCGUCCGACAGACGCCGCCGCGCAGGCCAGAUGAGCACGAAUAUAAUGGAUUAUAGUGCACCGAGGCUGGACAGUAAUGAGGGGUCGAGGUCACCGUCGCCGAGGUCGUUGGAUAAUCCACGGUUGACGGGGGCGACGGGGCCGUUGUUACCUUCGAUUCAUCCGUCGGAUUUGGCCAGGUCGACGGCUGCUUCAAAAUCGGUCAAGGCGGGGUCGUCGCAGUCUUCCCUGUCGCCUUUGGAGCUCGGCAUGGUCAGUGAGUCCGAAGCGCAGAGUAUGUAUACCCAGUUUGCGCAACAUCUCAGUCCGGUGAUGGCUGGUAUCGACACCGUCUACAUAACCUACGACCGCGCCAAAUCAUCCGACACCCUAUUCACCGCCAUCCUCUACGCCUCUGCCCGAUUCUACCACCCCGAAAUCUGCCGCCCGCUCUACAAUCACGCCAACGUACUGCUCAACCGCAUGAUCAUGGCCGGCGCCGUCGACAAGCCGUCCAUCCAGGCACUCAUGAUUCUGGCGUAUUGGGGGCUGCCGAAUGAUAAAUCGGGGUAUAUGAAGAGUGGGGUGGCGGUGAGGGCAGCGGCGCAUCUGAAGUUGUGGAAGAAGGAGGAGAGGCCUUUGCCGGAGAAUGAGGAGGAGGCGAGGGAGGUGCUGGAUGGGGAAAGGACUUGGAUUGCGCUAUUGAUCAUGGAUGCUGGAUUUGCGAGGGUAUUUGGGCAGCCGGUAAUGCUGCCGCCUCCUGGAUUUGGCUUCGACGAGGCGUUCGAGUGGGCCGCUGAACACGAGUAUCUGAAUACCCCUGCCGACUUUUACCUAGCUUGGAGUGUAGCCCAAUUGCCCGCCACCAUCCCCCACACCGACGAAGUCCCCAGCGGUACGCUCGGCAACUCUCUCGCGCUCGCCGAAACCGCCCUCGUCAACGACCUCAGCCGACUGGCCCACCGUCUCUCGCCGAUGUACCGCCAAAUGGCAGACAUUGUGACUACCAUCGUGUGCUUGCAUAUGCGGGCGAUAGCUAUCAAAAUGGAAGGCCCCACAGAGGCGGUCAAAGGCAGGAUUGUGGAGAUGACUGAAAAGCUUGCGAAAGUGUUGACGCAGUUCUCCGAUGGGGGGCUGGUUUUCUGGUCGGAUAUGAUCAGUGUCGGGGUGACCAUGCCGGGGGCUCUAUUCUACCAGGCGCGUUUAGCGUUUGCCCCGGCGGAUUGGGACCGUAUCCUGCCAGCCCUCAAGAGCAUCAUGCAGAUGUGCAGCAACAUGCUCGGCGCGCACAACGAUCAUCCGCUGUACUUUACCUACCGAUUCUAUCGCCGUCUGUUACCGGUCUUGGAGCGUCUGAGAAAUGGGCUGGAGGUGCAGCUGCAGAAUAUGCCGGCGGUAGAGAUGGAACAUCCUUAUCCUGCUGUAUUUGGGAUGCCAGAGUCGUAUCAGGACGUGGGCUUGUUUACGGAUGCGAUGAUGGAGAAUAAUGCUGUGACAGGGACGGGUGAUCCUCUUUGGGACUUUAUCCUCGGGCCCGACUCGGGCAUGAGCCAACUCUUCCCGCAGAUGGGUUGA